CUUCGAGCAGUUUCUUUUGGUGGAGCCCGACAUUUCUUCAUUGUGCCAGCGCGAUCUUGUUCUAUCUUGGUCAAUUUGCUGCACAGACUAUGUUGCUGUUUCAUUUUUUUCCACAGAUCCAGAUCCCCGGGUUGUUGUGUCCCAGUAGAUACAAAGUAGAGCAUCAGAUAAACUACAGGAGCUCUUGCAUCAACCUGCUGCAUUGUUCUAUCUGUGUAUUUUCUAUAUCCUUUCAAGAGCACCAAGCCUCCGGUCGACCUCGUCUUCUGUGGACAUUUUGAUGCACACCAUUCAUGUAAAGUUGUGAGUAGAUUGAGAUCAUUUAUUAGGAUACGACUUCCAACUACUCUCUUCAAAGACAUGGUGUCAUCUCCGACGUUGCAAUUGAAGGCCGACUUUCACACGACCGAAGAGGACUCCCUGCUCACCACCUCCCGCCACCCGUCCUCGUCUUCAACUCAACCGAAAAGAACUCAUCGCGCUGCACCAAAGGCCUGCACUGAUUUAUCUCCCACAGGAGCCGGCGCAACAAGGAUGAGGACGGGGAAACACCCAACCGGCGGCUUGCUCACCACGGCAGCUCUUUUUUCCUUUGCCGCAACUUGUGGCCUCGUCCCCACGACUCUCGUGUCCGCGUCUGUGGCCGACGGUUUGGCCCCGGUUCCACAGGACCUCCGGGAGUUUUCGGGCUUGAAACUGGCGACGGAGGAGUGGAUACGCGGUGGAAAUAUCGAUCUGGGUCUGGAACAUUUUUGCAACUUGUGAAGAUGCGCCGUCCUGUAGAUCCCACGGAAACUACUUUUCAUCUUGCGCGGGUAGGUGCACGCCUUGCCUGCCAGUUUCGGGCACCAUGCUGAAACAUUAUUUAUCUCUCGUGCGGGAAGAUAACACUAUAGUACUACAAAACCUGUGACGCUGUGCCCUGCAUUCCAGGGGACUGCGCGAGCGCGGUGCAUUAUCCAAAAUCUGCAUGACAAACUCCUGCAAUUAUCAUCCAGAUCACCAGACAUAUUUUCGUCUGAUAGUGGAUUAACGGGACCAACGCCACCGGAGUAGUUCCGUUUCAACGGGGCGCUUGGCUGUACGGAGACUACAAAACGGAGAUCCCGAACAUACCAGACAUCGAGACGUGCAGGCAGGCGUGGUAAAGGAUAUUAGAUUUUGAUAUGUUCUUGUUUUUUCAGGAAUAAAACGGAAUUGUUUUUGUGGCAUCUUCUUCUUCCUGCUCAGAUUUGUUUCUACUGUCUGGUGGUACUGCCACCAGUGAAUUGAGUUCUCAAAUGGCUAUACUAGUACGCAUGUCCAUUCUCGAACAAAAACUACAGCGCCGCAGACAGUUUUUGUUUCCACUGGGUUUGGCGCAUUACGGACAAGCGCUGCGAUUUUCACAUAUGAAAAAUUGCAAAAGCAUCGUACCACGGAGUAAUUGCAUAUACAAAUUAUCUUAGCCUUGACAAAUGGAAUUUGUAAUGCUGGUUUACCCUGGGAUGGAGAUUUGUGAUGCAUGAUUGCAAUUACUACGAGUCUGCGAUACUUUUGCACAGGAUGUCACAAGAUGGAAGGCGAAUUCACCGAAGACGUCGACGACAGCAUUGUCGGGCACGUGGGCCACAGACGCGAGCUGCAGGCGGACCAGGGCGAUACGGUGAGAAAUAGUAAAGCGAAGACUACCACCACAGAAGGAAAAUCAGUCACGAGGACCUCGGAGACGAGUGGUGAAGCAGCAACACAGGGAACAAGCGCGGGAGUCGAGGUCGAAGCAGAAGAGAGCUCGGUAGAUGAGCGGUCACAGGAUUACUUGUGAUGAAGAUCGCAGCUGUAGUAGUGCACCAGUUUCAUGCAUUUAUUUUCGAGAUCCACCACCCCCACCUCCGGAACCGAGUCCGACCUUGAAAGAUUCUAGUUGGAUUUUGUUUUGGAGAUUUUUCAAGAAAGAAACAAUAACAAACACAUUGGAAAAGCAGCUUCGGCUGUCGUAAUCGAUUACCGGGAACAACAUUUUGAAUUUGUGGUUGUUCUUCCCGGGGACGAUCUGUGGUGAAGAGAAGCGUCUUUCAAGAUUCAGUACCCAUGAUCAAAACCGAGAUCACGAUGCUCGUUCCCUCAGUUGUAGAAACGUACGGAAAAAGACACCAGCA